UUCAAUUCAUUUAUCUGCAGGAAUGAUUGCGACGAUCAGUCUGAAGCUCACCGCCUGACUGGGAAGGUGAAAGUUUCGCCACAGGAAGAGAAACCGCAAAAAUACAAUAUUGUACAUGAUUUGCGUGUGUGCAUCGGAUGAGAAUUAGUGUGAGGGGGGGAAAAAAAUUCCACUCUUGUUUUAGGUAAAUAGAAAACCGGUGGAUUGGAGUUUGUACUCCUCUGUAAGGUCUGAGAGAGACUUAUUUAUUUUUUUGCAGAAAGAGAAAAAGCAAGAGAGGUAUAGGAGUGAGAGAAUAACUGUUCGUGAUUUUUUAUUUAUUUCUGUUCUUCAGUUGCCUCAUUGAGUUGCAGACUAAGGGAAGAUGCUUCUGGAUGCAGGACCUCAGUACCCCGCUAUAGGAGUCACUACGUUCGGCUCCUCAAGGCAUCACUCAACAGGCGAAGUAACCGAAAGAGAAGUGGCUUUGGGGAUAAAUCCGUUCGCAGACGGGAUGGGAGCUUUCAAAAUCAACCACAGUUCCCAUGACUUGGGUUCCGGGCAAACGGCGUUCUCCUCCCAGGCUCCCGGUUACGCUGCUGCCGCCCUGGGUCACCACCACCACCCGACACACGUCAGCUCUUACUCCACGGCAGCGUUCAAUUCAACCCGGGACUUUCUCUUCAGAAACCGGGGCUUCGGGGAUGCCACCAGCGCGCAACACAGCCUAUUCGCCUCGGCAGCGGGAAGUUUUGCAGGGCCACAUGGACACUCCGAUGCCGCGGGGCACCUGCUCUUCCCGGGACUCCACGAGCAAGCCGCAAGUCAUGCAUCAUCUAAUGUCGUUAACAGCCAGAUGCGGCUUGGCUUUACCGGGGACAUGUACGGCCGGGCUGACCAGUACGGCCAUGUUACGAGCCCCCGCACCGACCACUACGCCUCCUCCCAGCUGCAUGGCUAUGGCCCUAUGAACAUGAACAUGGCGGCUCACCACGGGGCAGGAGCCUUUUUCCGAUACAUGAGGCAGCCCAUCAAACAAGAGCUCAUCUGUAAAUGGGUCGAACCCGAACAGUUGUCGAAUCCCAAAAAGGCUUGCAACAAAACGUUCAGCACGAUGCACGAGCUCGUGACCCACCUGACAGUGGAGCACGUCGGUGGACCGGAGCAGUCAAAUCAUAUUUGCUUUUGGGAAGAGUGCGUCCGAGAAGGAAAACCGUUCAAAGCCAAAUACAAACUGGUAAAUCAUAUCAGAGUACACACCGGAGAGAAACCAUUUCCAUGUCCCUUCCCCGGAUGUGGAAAAGUGUUUGCCCGAUCGGAAAACCUGAAAAUCCACAAAAGGACUCACACUGGUGAAAAACCUUUCAAGUGUGAGUUUGAGGGCUGCGACAGACGGUUUGCGAACAGUAGCGACCGGAAGAAACACAUGCACGUGCAUACGUCUGACAAGCCUUAUCUCUGCAAGCAAUGCGACAAGUCCUACACACAUCCCAGCUCUCUACGGAAACACAUGAAGGUUCACGAGGCUACCACGCAAGGACCCCAACCGUCACCAGCGGCCAGUUCCGGGUACGAGUCGUCCACGCCGCCCACCAUCGUGUCCCCGUCCACAGAGAACCAGAGUUCUAGUUCCAUAUCGCCGGCAACUUCGACAGUGCACCACACGACCAGUCACCACACCACGCUGUCAUCAAAUUUUAAUGAAUGGUACGUGUAAAAUAUUUUCACAAAAGACUGCAGAAAUAGGACUGCUUGGAAUCAAAGACUUUGAAAGUCAGUCUAUAAUGCGUGGACAGAGAAAAAUACGAGGAAGCCAAAACGGUUGGUUUAACAACGGCUACAGAGAGAGAGAGAGAGACAGAGAAACAGAGUGAUGCAUGGACAAGGUGCACGGCCAGCUACCAAGUUAAAGGUUUUUUCGUUUCCCCCCCCUCCCCUACAUGGCUCUUUUUUGAAAGACUGCACGCAAGAGAUCUCAAUGCAUGUUUUCUGCGGUUCGUGGCCUGAUUUUUAUUUUUUUUUGUACAUAAAGAUUCACAGUUCAAACAUGUAAUAUUUUAUUUUGUAAAUAGUUAUAUCACAGUUUAAGGGCAUUUGUGAAAAUGUGGUCCCUAGAUAUAUGGAAAAUGAGAUGGUUUUAAAACAAUAAUAUUACGAUGACUAGUGUUGAUUGAAACAGAAUGUUGUAGUUGAUGUGUACCCCAAUGUGAAUUACUCAGUAUAACUUCCGUCUCCACUAUGACGUCGACCUUACCCACUAUUAGUCUAUUUAUGUGCUUUUGUAUUUGGUGCAACAUUCCGUCUACGGUCCAGUUGGAGUAGCACAGUACUUACCAUUGCUGUUAUUUAAAUGUCAUGUCGAUAAAUCGUGUAGUGAAAGCCUGAAACUCCGUGUCAAUCUGUUUAUGUACGUGAUAAAAGAUUUAAAAAAAAAAAAAUAUUUGUUCAUUACCUUGAAAAUGUCAAGGCAGUAUUACCUACAUGUAUAUAGCUCAAUUUUCCAUAUUUAUCCGCAUGUAAAGGGGUAACGUUAGAAAUGAUUGGGAUUUAUGGAGAAAUACUCUCUUAUGUAGAAUUUAGUCUACACAAAAAUGUUUGGUUACAUUUCGUACUAUUAUUAAAGCAUAUAAAACAAAAAAAAAAUCCA